AUUAAAUGUUGAACCUGCAGACACCACCCAGGGCGUCAGUGUUUCAGGUGUGUUUUUCUGUAAAACAAAGGAGGUUGUCUGUAUUACUGAACCUUCUCCAACCUGUCCAACAGGCCAGUCCGCUCACACACCUGAUUCCUCAGCAGGGUGAGACUGCAGAGGCGUCACCUGGACCCCUGAAAAGCACCUGUCCCUGCAGGAGCACACGCAUCCUGCAUCUGGAAACAGCAGCAGCCAUGGAUACCGGUUUCAUUGCAAAAGUGGCAGGGGACAAAAUAGGUGACAUUGCCGAAGAUGUGUUUAAACAAGCUCUGGGUGGAGGUAAAAGUAAGGAGGAGGAGGAGGGAGGAGCAGGAGGAGGAUUUGACAUCGGAGAGGUUGUGAAAGACAAAGGACUGGAAAUACUAAGUGGUGGUGGAAGUAAAGAAGGAGGAGGUGGGUUUGUUGAAGGCCUGAUGCAACAAGCUGUGGGUGGAGAUAAAGGUAAAGAGGAGGAGGAGGGAGGAGCAGGAGGAGGAUUUAACAUCGGAGAUGUGAAAGACAAAGGACUGGAAAUACUAAGUGGUGGUGGAAGUAAAGAAGGAGGAGGACUUGACGUGGGGAAUUUGGUUGGUGGCCUGUUUAAAUGAAACCCUGCAGACGAGAGCCGCUCUGAAGUAAAACCCACAUCAUCUGCUUCACACUCAGACUUCAACGCCUCCAAAGAAUUGUUUCCAGCUCUUUGAUUCACAGCACAUUUAACACUUAAGUCAUUUAAACAUACACGACAAAAGGUUUAAUUAAACAUAGAAGAAAACAAAUGUAUUUAUUUUCUUGCCUCUGCUGCACAUUUGUCUCUUUUACUGGUUUUACUCACAAUAUGAGCUUUUAAAGGCUCAACUCUUCAAAUGAACAUUAAAAUAAACUUGUUUAUUUUAUGUGUUGUAACUUAAACAUAUUCAAACCAUAAUUAUCUCAUGUGUUUUCUCAGCUAAUUGGUUCAUUUUACAGAUGUAUUAAAUAACUUCUAAAAGUGACUCUUUUGGUCCUAAAUGUUUUUGUGAAUUGCAUGACAGAACUGUUAGGUAUCUUUUAUUUCUAUUACUCAUCCUGUGCUUAUAUACAGUACAUAUAUACAUAUUCAAAUAUGUAAAUAAUAUAUAUUUACAGAACAAGUAAUAGAAAUAGAAGAUUCUCUUUUAUGUCACCUGUUCACUCUUGAAUGUUUAUGCCUGUUUUGUUCAUUUUGUUUUAUUGUUUUUUUUUUGCUGCUGUAAUUACUGUGGGAUUAAUAAAGUCUUAUCUUAUCUUA